UCGGUCCAGACAGUGUGGCUGGAUCAGAUCUCUCUAAUCUUUUUUUUUUUUUUUUUUUAAUGCUCUCCAGUCCAAAUGAAUUGCCGCUCCGACUAGGAGUUCCACCUUCUCUUCUGAUUGAUUUCAAGCUGAAUCUUUGACUUGGUUCGUUAAAUGCCUGCGUCUACACGAUCGCAAACAAGAGAGAGAGAGAGAGAACAGAGAAGCUUAUGAGAGUUGCUCUUGAGGGAGUGAGGAGAGGGAAGAGGAGUGUUCGCCCCAUAAGUGUGAGGAAGUACGGACCCCUCUUGAGAGACUUGCUAACAACCUCAUCCUCCACUAUGGCAUCUGCAGCAGAAUGGAAGCUGCAAAUGGACGCUGCCCCCGAGGCAGAAAAAACGCAGUACCAAUUCUUCUACGAGAAAGCAUUGAAGAGGGAAGACGAGGAGAAGGAGAAGGAGAGGGAGGAAAAGGUAAAGGCUCAUGAAGCCAUUUUUUGCACCUUGCCUGCCCUAACCGAUGAGGAGGUGGAAGAGAAAACCUUUCCACUCCUCCGGGCUUUGGUAGACGUCCGGGCUGCUGAGGACCAUGCUGGCCAACUCGCCAAAGUGUUCGACGAACUCAAGAAGUUGCGAGAAGACAUGACCCUGACGGCACAGCAGCACCGUGACCAGCUUCUACACCUAUCCGGAUCUGCAGCAGGUCCAGACCCCGCUGCUGCUGCUGCUGCGGCAAUGGCAAGUAGCAGUGCAGGGCAUUCUGGAACUGUUGCAGUCCCGAGUUCGGACCCAGCAGCCACUGGUCCAAGCUGCAACUUUCCUUACAUCGAUAGAAAGGCGGCACAGAUUCCGUCUAAGUAUGACGGAAAGGACGACAUCGAAUCUUGGAUCAGCUCCAUGCGAUCCUACUUCGAUGUGUUGGGGACACUCCCAGUUACUCARUCGUCGGUCCUAGGGACCAGUGUGGAACCYGUCGUAAGAGGAUUCUUGGAAAUCCAAGUUGUACAAGCAGGCUAUAAGAGAAUAGACCUGAACAAAUGGUUGGAGGCUACGCCUGUAGCUACACUCGAGGAACUCUUGAUCAAACAGUAUGCUGAUCCACAUGCUGAAGCCAAAGCUAGACUCAAGCUUGACAAGCUCAAGCACAACAAGUGGACCGACACCAUGCAUAGUCUGCAACAGUAUGUUAGUAAAGUUUUUGCUAUUCCUGAUUUGGAAAUAACUGCGCAGUUUUGCUUGGAUGUGAUAAAAGGCACGGUCCCCUCUACUAUAACACAUCGCUUGGGGCUCAGACUCAGCGCAUAUACAAAUCGGCUUACCCUCAUGCGGGACUUAGUCAAGCUGGAGGCACAAGACCUCCCGGGUGGAUCGGGUGGCAAAAAGUCCACCGGUCGCAAACGGUUUCCAGGCAGCAACCGUUUUUCAGCGCACGAUCUACUUGAGGAUGACGAGGAGACCUUCGCAGAGGAUCCUUCUCUUGAUGACGAUCAAGAGCAAGGUUGCAAGGCAUCUUGCUCUUCGUCAGCCCAUGAGUCUGAGUGUGUGAAUGAUGAUGAAUCUAUGAAUGGCUUCAAGAAGACUGCCUUUAAAAGUGGAUGCAAGGUCUUCGGCAAGAUCGAUCUCAAGUCUGCCUACCACCAGAUUGAAGUCGAUCCUACAGACCAGCAUAAAACUGCAUUCAAAACUCGCGAUGGUCUGUACGAGUUUACAGUCACGCCCUUCGGUCUCACGAAUGCGCCGCCCCCUUUCAAGUCUCAUGGAUAAGGUAUUUCGCAAUCAGAUCAACCGAUUUGUUGUUGUAUAUCUAGAUGACAUACUAAUCUUCAGCAAAUCGAUGGAGGAGCACAUGAGACACCUUGAAGAAGUGAUGCAGAUCCUCAAGGACGUGCAACUCCAUCUCAACUUGGCGAAAUCUGAGUUUGGGAGGGACAGCGUCAUCUACCUUGGACAUCGGUUGUCUGUUGCAGGCCUACAGCCCGAGGCAACCAAAGUUGAGGUCAUCCGAAAGUGGCCUCAACCUGCGAAUGUUCGCGAGUUGCGUUCUUUGCUUGGUCUUGCAUCGUACUACCGUAAGUUUGUGCCCAAAUUC